AUGCGGCGCUCGCUCGCUGCCCCCGCCACCCAAGCGCCCGCGAGGCACAAUGCAGCACUGAGGCAGCGGCGGCUGCGGCAGCGGCGCGGGCCGGGAAGGGGCGGCGGGGAACCGGAGCCCGCGGCCGGGGCACGAGCAGCUGAGCGCCGCCACCAUGCAGGCAGCGGCGGCGGCCGCGUCCUUCUGGCUGCUCUGCGCCUUGGGGACCUGCCCCCUGGCAAGCUGCGGUCCGGCAGAAGAGGAGAAUGGGGAGAAUGGGAAAGGGGUGCCCUGUUUCUGGGCCCGGGGAUGCUCUCGGAUGAGCUGGUCCAGAGCUCUCCAGCUGGAGACGCCUCACUGAGGGAGCUGGAGAGGGCGGACGAAAACCGCUUCCUGGAGCGCCAGAGCACCGUGCCACUGCGCCUCAUCUACCGCUUGGGCGGCGCGGACGAAACUUGGCACGACCGGCUCAACACCCGGGUGCGGGGCCACCCUGGCGGCCGGCAGCUGACUCAUGUGGACAAGGCAAGCUUCCAGGUGGAUGCCUUUGGAACAUCGUUCAUUCUUGAUGUCCGGCUAAACCAUGAGCUGCUGUCCUCUGGCUAUGUAGAGAGACACAUUGAACGUGGAGGCAAGGCCGUGGAAAGCAAAGGAGGAGAACACUGUUACUACCAGGGCCAGAUCCGAGGAAACGCUGCCUCAUUUGUUGCCCUGUCCACAUGCCAUGGACUCCAUGGGAUGUUCUAUGAUGGGAACCACACAUAUCUCAUUGAGCCAGAAGAAAAUGAGACCUCCCAAGAGGAGUCUCAUUUUCACUCGGUUUACAAGUCCAGACUGUUUGAAUUCCCCUUGGAUGACCUUCCAACUGAAUUUCAACGAGUAAAUAUUACUCCGCCAAAAGUUAUUUUGAAGCCAAGACUAAAGCGGAGUAAACGACAGCUUCUUCGAUUUCCCCGUAAUGUAGAGGAGGAAACCAAAUACAUCGAAUUGAUGAUUGUGAAUGAUCAUAUCAUGUUUAAAAAGCAUCGGCUCUCCGUUGUACAUACAAAUACCUAUGCGAAGUCUGUGGUGAACAUGGCGGAUAUGAUCUAUAAAGACCAACUUAAGACUAGGAUAGUACUGGUUGCCAUGGAAACCUGGGCUGCUGACAACAAGUUUGCCAUAUCUGAGAACCCACUGAUCACCCUGCGUGAGUUUAUGAAAUACAGGAGGGAUUUUAUCAAAGAGAAGAGUGACGCAGUUCAUCUUUUCUCGGGAAGUCAAUUUGAGAGUAGCCGGAGCGGCGCAGCUUAUAUUGGUGGGAUUUGCUCGCUGCUGAGAGGAGGAGGCGUGAAUGAAUUUGGAAAAACCGAUUUGAUGGCGGUUACACUUGCUCAGUCGUUAGCCCACAAUAUUGGUAUAAUCUCAGACAAGAGAAAAUUAGCAAGUGGAGAGUGUAAAUGUGAGGACACGUGGUCUGGCUGUGUCAUGGGAGACACCGGCUAUUAUCUCCCUAAAAAGUUCACUCAAUGCAAUAUUGAGGAGUAUCAUGACUUCUUGAAUAGUGGUGGUGGUGCCUGCCUGUUCAACAAACCUUCUAAGCUCCUCGAUCCUCCUGAGUGUGGAAAUGGCUUCAUUGAAACUGGAGAGGAGUGUGAUUGUGGCACCACUGCGGAAUGUGCCCUUGAAGGAGCAGAGUGUUGUAAGAAAUGCACCUUGACUCAGGACUCUCAAUGCAGUGAUGGCCUUUGUUGCAAAAAGUGCAAGUUUCAGCCACUGGGGACUGUGUGCCGAGAAGCAGUCAAUGAUUGUGAUAUCCGUGAAAUAUGUUCAGGAAAUUCAAGCCAGUGUGCCCCCAAUGUACAUAAAAUGGACGGAUAUCCCUGUGAUGGUACUCAGGGAAUUUGCUUUGGAGGAAGGUGUAAAACCAGAGAUAGACAAUGCAAAUACAUCUGGGGGCAAAAGGUCACAGCGUCUGACAAGUACUGCUAUGAGAAGCUGAACAUCGAGGGGACCGAGAAGGGUAACUGUGGAAAAGACAAAGACACCUGGAUACAGUGCAACAAACGGGAUGUGCUUUGUGGUUACCUUUUAUGCACCAAUAUUGGCAAUAUCCCAAGGCUUGGAGAACUCGAUGGUGAAAUCACAUCUACAUUAGUUGUGCAGCAAGGAAGAACAUUAAACUGCAGUGGUGGGCAUGUUAAGCUUGAAGAAGACGUUGAUCUUGGCUACGUGGAAGAUGGGACGCCCUGUGGUCCUCAGAUGAUGUGUUUGGAACAUAGGUGUCUUUCUGUGGCUUCCUUCAACUUCAGCACUUGUGUGAGCAGUAAAGCAGGCACUGUUUGUUCAGGAAAUGGGGUUUGCAGCAAUGAGCUCAAAUGUGUGUGCAACAGGCACUGGACGGGUGCCGACUGCAGCACCCAUUUUCCUCACAAUGACGAUGCAAAGACUGGCAUCACCCUGUCUGGCAAUGGUGUUGCUGGCACCAAUAUCAUAAUAGGAAUAAUUGCUGGCACCAUUUUAGUGCUGGCCCUCAUAAUAGGAAUAACUGCCUGGGGUUAUAAAAAUUAUCGCGAACAGAGGUCAAAUGGACUCUCUCAUUCCUGGAGUGAAAGGAUUCCAGACACAAAACAUAUUUCAGACAUCUGUGAAAAUGGGAGACCUCGAAGUAACUCCUGGCAAGGUAACCUGGGAGGCAACAAAAAGAAAAUCAGAGGCAAAAGAUUUAGACCUCGAUCUAAUUCAACUGAGACCCUGUCUCCUGCCAAGUCUCCUUCUUCAUCAACUGGGUCUAUUGCCUCCAGCAGAAAAUACCCAUAUCCGAUGCCUCCACUUCCUGAUGAGGAGAAGACAGUGAACCGGCAGAGUGCCAGGCUAUGGGAGACAUCCAUUUAAGAACAACUGUUUACAUGUGCCACAUCGAAACUGUUUACUUCAACUUUUAUAGAAACCCAGCCACCCAGAAUCACUGCAACUCUCUCUGCUCUGAGACACCAGAGGCAAGGAAGCCACGGGUCAUAUCUGGAUGCCAUUUUCUUUUUGUCAU